GCGGCGCUUCGUUCCCACCCCGCGCGACUCCAGCUCCGUGCCGCCUGCUCCCACGCCCCCGCGCGGGCGCCUGCAGCCAGGCUUCCAGCUCCCGGCCCCUAAGUCCCCGACUGAGUGUGGGGCCGCCGCUCCCGCUUGGAAGGAGCCAUCGCCGCUUUAAGGGGAAGAGGAGGGGAAGGGGGCGGAGGAGUGGGGGGCGGGGAGCGGCGGCGGAGGAGGGGGAGGGGGAUUCCCCCCGCCCUCGCUCCCACGUGGUCCGGGCGCCUGUGAAUCGCGCCCGCCGGAGGGUCUCACAGCGAAAUACAAAAGCAGCUGGGAAGCGGCAGCCAGGCGAGUUCUCAGUGCCGGGCGGAGCGCUGGGCAGAGCCCCGCAGCCGCGAUGGAGCUGAGGCUCCCGGAGCCCCGGAGCCAACGAGCUGCCGGGCCCGCCUCGCCACCGGGACCCGGGCGCCGGGGCUCGGCUUGAAGCGGCGGCGGCACCGGCGCGGCCGCAGAGCAUGGGCAGGAGGAUGCGGGGCGCCGCCGCCACCGCCGGGCUCUGGCUGCUGGUGCUGGGCUCGCUGUUGGCGCUGUGGGGCAGGCUCCUGCCGCCGAGGACGGAGCUACCCACCUCCGGGCCGCCCGAAGACCGACUACCGCGGCACCUGGCCCGGAGCGGCGGCCGGGAGCCCGCGCCUCGCUUUCCUCUGCCCCCGCCCCUGGCGCGGGACGCCCGCGGCGGCUCCCUGAAAACUUUCCGGGCGCUGCUCACCUUGGCGGCAGGCGCGGACGGCCCGCCCGGGCAGCCCCCGGGUGAGCGCAGGCGGCACGUGCCAACCGGGCGGCCCGGGCCGGAGGAACGCGCCGCGGUGCACGGGGGCGUCUUCUGGAGCCGCGGCCUGGAGGAGCAGGUGCCCCGGGGCUUCUCGGAGGCCCAGGCGGCGGCGUGGCUGGAGGCGGCGCGCCGCGCCCGGGUGGUGGCCCUGGAGCGCGGGGGCUGCGGGCGCAGCUCCAACCGGCUGGCCCGCUUCGCCGACGGCACCCGCGCCUGCGUGCGCUACGGUAUCAACCCGGAGCAGAUCCAGGGCGAGGCCCUGUCCUACUACCUGGCGCGCUUGCUGGGCCUCCAGCGCCACGUGCCGCCGCUGGCACUGGCCCGGGUGGAGGCUCGGGGCGCGCAGUGGGCUCAGGUGCAGGAGGAGCUUCGUGCCGCGCACUGGACCGAGGGCAGCGUGGUAAGCCUGACUCGCUGGCUGCCUAACCUCACCGACGUAGUGGUGCCCGCGCCCUGGCGCUCCGAGGACGGCCGUCUGCGGCCCCUGCGCGCCGCCGGGGGCGAGCUGGCCAACCGGAGCCGGGCGGAACUGGUGGACCUGGUGCAAUGGACCGACUUGAUCCUCUUCGACUACCUGACGGCCAACUUCGACCGGCUAGUCAGCAACCUCUUCAGCCUGCAGUGGGACCCGCGGGUCAUGCACCGCGCCACCAGCAACCUGCACCGCGGCCCCGGCGGGGCGCUGGUCUUUCUGGACAACGAGGCGGGCUUGGUGCACGGCUACCGGGUGGCGGGCAUGUGGGACAAGUAUAACGAGCCGCUAUUGCAGUCUGUGUGCGUGUUCCGAGAGCGGACGGCGCGGCGCGUCCUGGAGCUACACCGCGGCCAGGACGCGGCCGCCCGGCUACUGCACCUCUACCAGCACCACGAGCCUCGCUUCCCGGAGCUGGCCGCGCUCGCCGACCCCCACGCUCAGCUGCUGCAGCGCCGCCUCGACUUCCUUGCCAAGCACAUUUUGCACUGUAAGGCUAAGUACGGCCGCCGACACGGGACUUAGCAUUCCCCGGAGGAAGAGAGAGUGUGAGACCCCUGGCUGGGGGAUGGAUGAUGGGAGGAAGGGCCGUCGCCUCUGCCACCUCCUGGGGACCAGCCGGCCAACGCCCAGCCGGAGACCCGAGCGCGAAGGCGACCAAAAACUUCCGCUUCACCCACCUGCCCCUUUCUCGCAGUCCCAAGCUGUUUCCUUUCAAAGUUCUGGGAGGAUGAGCUCACCCAGCCUAUAAAAGGAUUCUUCCCUGUGCCAGCACGGAGUUUGCAUCCAAAGAAACUGGCUGCUGCCGGAGUUUGGCCCCCGGGUGGCCGUCUCGGUAGGAGAUACAGCCCCUUCCUUGGCAACCCCUCCACCCGCCCCUUCCCUUCCCGAAAAAGGCAAACUUCUAUUGGAGCCAUUGAGCUAAUUCUGCAGUUUCCUACCGAUCGCCGCGCUGGUGGCCCCGGAGCAGGGCUCUGACAUUGGCUGGUGGAGCCCCUUCCUGUGUUCCCUUUGUUCCGGCUCCGUGAUGGUGAGGUCACUGUUAAGAGCUGGGGAACCGCUCCGAUAGGACAAAGGAAGCAGGACCUACGCAAUGGGGGGAGUCCUGCAGACCCUGGCAGUUUGUCUGACUUGUUCCUUACAGCUUGUCGCCUUGGCCUGAAGGCUACAUAUGCAGCACUGCCUGUGUGCACAAAGAAUGAAUUUCUAAUCCCUCCCCCUUCCCAACCGGCCAAAAUUUUGACGAUGAGGAUGUUCACCAGAAGGAAAAAAAAUCCGUUUUAUGCACUUUACUUUGUUUUUAUUUUAAUUUUUUAUUAAGAAAAACUUUUUUUUAUUUGACAGAAUUUGCCUUCUAUGUAUAUAUGUGCAUAAAAUGUGGUGUAAAUAUACUAAACAAACUUAUAUUUCAAUAAAAGGGAGUUUAAAAUUUA